UUCAAAAUACGAUAAAAAUUAUAAAAGUAAUUUAUAGGCUGGGCAUUUUAUUCGUUUAGGGCACAUUAGAAAGAAAACAUCUUACAGUUUUGCUUUCUUGACAUUCUUUGGUAGCUUACGUCUUUUCCAUGAGGUGUACUGUGGUGCAAAACUCGUUUUUAGGACAUUGAGUGCAUUACUUCUUUCCGUUGACCGAAUUUCGUAUAUAUUUACUAUCUAAACGCGUUUCAACAAGUCAGUAUGCCGAAAAAUAAGGGAAAGGGAGGUAAAAACAGGAGAAGGGGUAAAAAUGAAAAUGAAACAGAAAAAAGAGAGUUGGUUUUCAAAGAAGACGGACAAGAAUAUGCACAAGUUACAAAAAUGCUUGGCAAUGGAAGGUUAGAAGCAAUGUGUUUUGAUGGUGUCAAACGGUUGUGCCACAUUAGAGGAAAAUUACGGAAAAAAGUAUGGAUCAACCAAGGUGACAUAAUAUUGAUUGGUUUGCGGGAUUACCAAGAUGCAAAAGCAGAUGUUAUAUUAAAAUACACAUCAGAUGAAGCUCGUAAUUUGAAAACAUAUGGUGAAUUCCCAGAAACUGUGCGUAUUAACGAUACUGUCACCUUCGUUGAAGACGGUUUUGACGAAGAUAUUGAAUUUGGUGAUGAAAUUAGCGAUGAUGAUGAAGAUGACGUUGACAAUAUCUGACAACCUUCAAUAUAAUACAGUGUAAAAGGUACAAGAUAAAAGUGCAUGGAAACACCUAUUUGUUUUACAAAAUGCUAUCAUUCGUCGCGCAAUUAAGAUAUUGAAUUUUUUUUUAAAUAAGUAGUCAAUUUUCUGUAUUUACAAAUAAAUUUCCGGUUGUGUGCAUAUUAUUGUGUUCGAUCCAAGAUUAUUGGAUUUUGAAUUUUCAGGAUUUGUAAUUAUAUUAGACCUAUUGUAUUCACUAUAUAGCCUAUCUUUUACUUUCAUGUGACUACAAAUAAUCCCAUUUUCAAGGGAUAUUACUGCAUUGGAUUAAUAUUUUUUUUCUUUAUAUAUACUAAUCUGAAUAUACUUAGUUAUAAUAAUUUUGCUAUUUAGCCGAAUUACACUAGAUACAAAUAGUUAUAUACUUAUGUGCAACAUAAUUAUACUCUCCUCGUAGCAAUUUUCUUUUGUAUAUUUUUUGUUUUAUACAAAAUUGUAUAAUAUAUACAUCAUCACUACUUUAAACAGGGGAAGUAGUGAGCACCAUACAUCAUAGCAAUUUCUUCUGCAUAUAUUAAAGCGAUCAUUUGUUAUAUAAGAUGCAGACAACUACUCAGAAAAGUUGUUAUGUAUUGUAUUUUAUAGGCAAUUCAGUGUAAUUGUAAGAUCAAAAUUAUUAAUUAUGAGGGAAACUAUGUACAACUAUCGAUACUGAUAUAUUGAAUUUUUGUUUAGAAAUAUUCAUAAAAAAAUGAUAUAACAAUCCAUGUGAUAGGGGAUAAUGCGUGUUUAAAACUCGGUUAUUUUCUUGAAUAUAAUUAUAUUACAAUUUACGUUAUGUUAUAGAUUCCAUACAAACACUAUCACUUCUCCCUUUUGUAGUUAAAUUAAAAAUUCUUGUCCGAACGUUCGAAUUAUGUUAACUUCUGUAUAAAAUAAUGAUUCCAUCAAUAUGUACUAAAUGAAAUUAAUGUCAACUGUUAAUAACAAAUAAAAAUGUAUAAAAUAUUAAGUUGUUAUUUACUGAAGCAUGUCAUUUCCUUAAGUGCCAAUGUAUACUGUUCUAGAAUGAUUGACGACUUAAAUAAAUUAUAUAAAGUAAAAUUUAAAUUUUAACAAAAUACCAUCUUUCUAAUUACAAAAUGUACAGCAAUACCUUGGAUAUUGGCCGACGUCGGGGAACGAAACUGGUCAAAGUUGAAGGCAGGUAUUGUAUAGAGCUGGUAAGAUUGCAAUGCACAGGAAUGCGGACCCAAUUGGCUCAUCUACACUCAAGAGUCCCCGACCGAUUACUGUGCCCAGUCUCGGCGUAUCACCAAGACCGUAACCGUGGAAACGGGUAAUCAGUGGUGGGGACAGGUAGGGCAAAUGAAGAAUUUUUCUUUCGCCUCUUUCGUCCUACUCGUAAACUUACCAGCUCUCUACAGUAAAUAUAAGUAUAAUCUAAUAUACAUAUUUAAAAUAUUUAAACCCAUCCAAAUUAUUAAACUGAAAAUAGUUAUCCAUAUUUUGGUAAAUAUAUAUAUAUUGUAUAUGUA